UUCGCCACACACAAGACACAAACAAUAUAUCUCUGUACUGUAGAUGCUAGCAUGCUAAGCGUAGCAUAGCACUGAAGCUGAAUAGUUCUAGCGCCAUGGCAUUUUGCAGAGCGUGCAGCGGCUUGCUGCUCCUCGCCAUGGCUAUGCUCCCUCUGGCUAUGGGUAUAACCAUGGACCCCAUUGGCAGUUACUGCGCCGGAACCAGCUACAAGGGCAGCGGCAAGGCCAGCAUCAACUCCGUCCUGACGGACCUCGUCGUCAAGGGCUCCACGGGAGGCUUCGCCACGUCCUCCGCCGGCAAGGACAAGAACCUCGUCUACGGCCUCGCGCAGUGCCGCGGCGACGUAUCCGCCAGCGACUGCUCCGCCUGCCUCGCCGACGCCGCCAACAAGCUCCCCGCCACCUGCAGCUACCAAUCCGACGCCAGAAUAUGGUACGACUACUGCUUCGUGCGCUACGGCAACACGGACUUCGCGGGGCAGACGGACACGGGCGCCGGCGUCAUCCUGGUGAACGUGCAGGCGGAGGACACUGACCCCAAGGAGUUCGAGAAGGCGGUGGGGAUGGUGAUGGGCAAGGCGGCGGCGCAGGCGUCGGCGGCGGGCAGCGCGGGGCUCGGCAGGGCCAAGGAGCAGUACACGCCGUUCGUCACCAUCUACGGCCUGGCGCAGUGCACGCGGGACCUCGCGCCGCUGGCAUGUGCGCAGUGCGUCUCGACGGCGCUGUCCAGGUUCGGCGACUUCUGCGGCGCGCAGCAGGGCUGCCAGAUCAACUACAGCACCUGCAGGGUGCGCUACGAGAUCUACCCGUUCUACUUCCCGCUCGACGGCGCCGGCGCUCAGCCCACCACUGAUAUGACCAAGUACACCAAGAUCAUCGUGCACCCUUAACGACGUACAGAACUCUCAGCACUUUCUGUUGUGCAUCAUGCGACAGAAGUAUACUAUCCGUGGUAUUUGAGCUGCAUGCACUUAAUAAUUAAGCGCCGGUACGUAAGGUUGUAGCCAGCGCGUGCUUCUAUUGGGAAUAAUACGACGUGCGUGUUCGUACUA